AAUACGUGUAUACUAUGUUGUUAGAGGCUGAUUCGUGCUUCCCCGCGAGGACCAAGGAAACAAGCUACCGUUUUGCCUGGUACUGAACAGUGUUGUGUCCAGUGCUCCUGUGGUGCCAUCACCCUUAGCGGACGAGUAUCUGACAGGUCGGUCACAGGACACCUCCCUCCUGUUUGCGAGUGCAUGUGUGGGCGUCCUGCUCACGGCAUGGACGUGGUUCACAGAGUGACGGCCUUGAUCGGAGGCUUCGUGCAGAGAAUUACAGAAAGAAGACGCGGCAGACGGCUUGAUGCUGAGGAAAGCAGUGGCAGCGGUGCAAUAAGCGAACGCUUAUCAGAAAAUAGUGGUGGGGAGGAAUCCAUAAGGGAUGAAGACGCAGCUACAGGAGGCGGCGUGAUCCAGGAGCAUGGUUAUCAAGUCUUACUGGAAGAGCCCCGUCCCACCAUGAGCUCGGCGUCAGCAGGCAAUGAGGAGUCGAUCCUGCUUCACAGUGGAGCGUCUUCUGCCACAGUCAGGUCCUCUGUCUCGGCCACUCCUGAAGUCGCCCUCGAUUAUGAAGGCUUAUGUGGGGCAACUGCACUCACACUUUCCACUGAGAGGCUGUCUUACUCCACGGCGACGCUUAUGAAGAAUCUUCCUGAGAGCGACGAAGAAACCAUCUAUACGGAGAUGGAUCCGAUGGAUGCGGAGAGAGAGGAGCAGGAUAGCGAUAUCGGUUACUUCCAGCAGGGGACAUUCAGCCUGUCACCGAGUCAGGUACAGGCGAGUAGGGCUUACGCGGGAAUGGUGAGGACGCGUUUCGCGCCGGAGCCCAACGGCCCACUCCACCUGGGCCACGCCAGGGCCAUUCACAUGAACUUUAGUGUUGCUCGCAGAUAUGGAGGGCAAUGUAUCCUCAGGUUUGAUGACACCAACCCUAGGACAGCUCGUCAGGCUUACUGCGAUGAAGGCCUCGAGAUGGUGCGCUGGCUUGGCUACUCGCCUGCUUCUGUUUCUUACACAUCCGACUACUUUGACGACCUGCUGAUGCUGAGUGCGUGCCGCUUGAUUGUGGAUGGCGCUGCCUUUGUGUGCCACGAGCAGCUGAGAGAAGGAGUCUACUACCGGGCGGUGAGGAAUUCUCCCUGGAGGAACAGGUCUCCGUCGGAGAACAUGAAGGAAUUCAAAAUGAUGUGCGUUGGACUCUACAGAGAGGGUGAGGCAGUGCUCAGGCUCAAGGUACGGACUCGUUCGGGCCUCCGAGAUCCCGUGGCCUAUCGCGUUUGCAACAGCGAGCAUUAUCGCUCCGGCACCCGCUGGUGUGUCUUUCCUACCUACGACUUUUCACAUUCCAUCAUCGACUCCCACGAAGGUAUUGCCGUCUCUCUCUGCUCUGCCGAGUUUGCCAGCCACCGUUCCAUUUAUCAAUGGAUACAAAAGAAGCUAGGCAUGUAUAGAGUUCCACAGCGAGAAUUUCAGCGUCUUGAAGUUGGUGGCUGUCUUUUGUCUAAGCGACAACUCAUCGCGGGCCUGGGCACUAGUUUCCAUACCUACGACGACCCUCGCCUCGCCACCCUGACCGGCCUCCGGCGACGAGGCAUCCCCCCAGAGGCCAUUCGAAGGUUUGUGCGCGAAGGGUAUCGGGAAUAUGAACAGCUGCUAGACCUCACCCGGGAGGUGUUGCUGCUACAGGCCAAGCACUGCAUGGUAGUGCUGCAGCCACUGGCUUGUCACGUUGUCAACUACGAUAAAGUGGCGGCAGCCGAGGGCAUGGCGGGGCAGGUCUUGGUGAGUCUGCAAGCGCAGGAGAGCCAGGCGGGGCAUAACAGCCUCGGCCACCACGUCACACUCUCCUCCGUUAUCUAUAUUAAUCAGUACGACUUUCACUUGAGAGAGACGCGGCACUACUUCACGCCCACGUCACCAGUACGCCUUCGGGGCACCUGCUACGCCAUGCACUUAUGCAGCAUGGAACGAGGCGACGGCGGCGAGGUGGUGAGCCUGCAGGUGCUGCUGAGGAAGGUGGAGGGUAAGGUCAAGUCCAUGAAGGUUCUGACGUGGGUGAGUGAACCUGUCCCAGUGACUCUGAACUUCUUCGAUUCUCCCAACAGAAGGGGACCCUUCCUGUACUCACAGCUUCCUCCUGUGUGCUCCACCACGGCACUCAUGGAAGCCGGGCCCCUCAGCGGUCUCAGGUUGGGCCGUUACUUCACCUACGGGCAGACACUGCAGGCGGAGAGAUUCGCUUAUAUCACCCUAGACCCAUCCUCCUCCUCUUCCUCUUCCUCCUCCCCUUCCUCCUUAUCGUCACCCAGUGAUGACGAUCCGGUGUUCAACGUGACCUGCCUGCUUCGUCACCACCAUUGCCUGCACGCCUCCAUCCUGCAGGUGUUCCAGUCGGCUGAUCCAUCUCCCACGCACAGCCUAGAGGCUCUCGCACUCUCAUGA